AUGUUCUCUCAAGCUCUCACUGUUCGCGCUGAUAGCAUCGCUCGUCAUUUCGAGACGGUUUUCCUUUUUACAAAAAAUGAUAUCAGAACCACUCUGAUACCUGUCACCAUAUUCGCUUUAUCUGUGGCUCCCAAAUAUGAUCCCACUCACGCUUGGAAUGCUCCUCUGUGGAUAUGGUUCCACUUAUUGCAGUUCAAUAUUGCGAACCAGAUCCAGGAUCCGGAGGAGGACCGCAAGAACAAGCCCUCCCGUCCGAUACCUGCUGGUCGCAUUUCUGUCGACAGCGCAGCUGAUAUGCGCUGGGUGAUGGUCCCAAUUUGCUUGUUGCUGUCGUUAUGGUACGGCACUCAGGCUAUGCUGGCCAGCACCGUUUUUGCAGCGUUGACAAUCUGGUACAACGAACUUCGCGGUGAUAGAAUGGGAUUGUCAAAGAAUGCACUCACAGCCAUCCUUGGUGGGUGUCUGGAGGUCGGAGCAACCGUCGCUGCCGGUCGGAGCAACUCGUGCAUCGAUAAGGCUGGUGCUUUGGCGGUCGCACUUAGCUCGAUAGUCUUUGCGACUACGCUUCAUGCGCAAGACUUCAAGGACGAAGAGGGCGAUCGCCUCACUGGCAGGCACACGCUACCCACGAUCUUCCCCAAAGCCGCACGCUUUUCAAUGAUGUUCGGUCUUCCCCUCUGGUCGUAUGCCUUGAGUCGUAUCUGGAAGAUAGAUGCACUCUCUACCACUGCAUUUGUACUUUACGGCGCAUUUGUAGGAAUCCGGUUCGUGAUGUACAACACGGUAGGCGCCGAUAAGCAGUCCUGCAAAUUUUAUAGUGUGAGUUAA